AUGUCAGACUUCACGCAACUUUUGGAAGCUGCUGCUCGCGCAGACCCACAUGCCGAACAAACCAUCAAAGAAUGGGAGCAAAGAAGCUUUAGCAAAUACUUACAGCGUCUAGCUCAAGAACUUUCAACUGAAGGGAAGCCGACUGGAGCUAGACAACUUGCAGGUCUGCUGAUUAAGAAUUCACUUCAAGCGAAAGACGACGCUCUGCAAAAGGAGAAACAUCAGCGAUGGACAAGUUUGGAAUCAAAUGUGCGAGAUGGCAUAAAACAACCCCUUCUUGUUGCCAUGAGAAGUGGCGAAAAUGGAGUUUCUCACAUUGCCGCAGUUGCUGCUGCAGAGGUAGCUGCGGUAGAACUGCCAUACGAGCAAUGGCCAAACUUUCUUUCAUCGCUAUUGGAAAAUAUUUCGGCCACACAAUUCCCAGAUUCGGUGAAGGUUGCAUCUUUGGAAUGCUUAGGCUACACCUGCGAGCGAGUUUCCUUUCUAUCUGGCCCCGAAAUCAACCAACCAACAACAGACUCGAUACUAAACGCAAUUGUCAACGGAAUUCAAUCGUCCCGGCCGGACAAAGUUAGGCUUGCUGCUGCAACUGCUUUAAAAAAUUCGCUAGUGUUUGCCCACAAAAACAUGGAAAAGAAGGAAGAGCGGGACGCUAUUAUGACAACAAUUUGCGAGGCGACGCGAUGCCAAGAGCCUGGAGUCAGAGCUGUUGCUUAUGAAUGUAUCGUCCAGAUUGCGAUUCUUUACUACGAGAAGCUACAAGACUACAUGACAACUUUGUACGAACUAACAACCCAUACAAUUCGAGAAGAUAUAGAUGAAGUCGCAAAAUCGGCGAUCGAAUUCUGGUCAUCGCUGUGUGAGGUUGAACAAGAUUUGCUCGAUGAAUCAUCUGAGUUGCAGGAACGGGGCUUACCCAUUGCCAGACCUUGCAUGGGCUAUGUUGAGGCAGCUGUUACACAUCUUGCCCCUAUCCUUGCCCAAACGCUAACAAAGCAAGAAGAGGAUUCGGAGGAAGAUACUUUCAACUUGCAUAUGGCAGGUCAUAUAUGUCUCACAUGCAUCAGCCAAACUGUUGAAGACAAAAUCGUACAAGUCAUUAUGCCGUUUGUACAGCAAAACAUUCAAAAUGAAAGCUGGAGACUUCGUGACGCUGCUAUCAUGGCAUUCAUCAGUAUGCUCGACGGACCCAAGGAAGCGACAAUUGGGCCUUACGUUUCGCAGUCGGUCCCCAUGUUGCUCCAGCUCUUGUCCGAUCUGCACGUCAUGGUCAGAGACUCUGCAGCUCACUGCAUCUCGAGAAUAUGCCUCCUACAUAUCCGAUACGUUCCGAAUGAUAUCUUCCCCUCACUUCUUCAAGCUCUGGUUGCAAAGUGCGGUGAAGGUUCGCCAAAAGUUGCAAGCCAAGCGUGUGCGGCACUCUACAACUUAGCGAGUGCGUUUUCGGAAGAGGCUAUUCAACAACAAGAUUCGAAUGCUCUUUCUCCAUAUAUGCAAAAUCUGAUGCAGACUCUCCUCAAUGUGUGUGACCGUCCUGAUGGCGAUGAAUCCAACCUCCGCGUCGCAGCAAUGGAAGCACUCUCCAUUCUAAUUUCCAACUCCGCUUCCGAUGUACAACCGCUCUUGGUGCAGCUUUUACCAGUUUUUGUUCAAAGAUUUGAUUUGACAUUUGCAAUGCAAGAUUUUGAUAGCUCGGAACAGUCGAAGAAGGACCAAAUCCAAGGCCUUUUGUGCGCUGUUGUACAAGCACUAUUCCGCAAGCUGGACAAGCAAACUCUUCUUCCAUUUACAGAUAAGGUAAUGGAACAACUGAUUCGUGUCUUGCAGAACAGAAAUGCAAAUUGUCAUGAAGAGGUGUUUUCUGCCAUUUCUGCGGUGUCUGAUGUUGUAGAAGCUGAUUUUGCAAAGUAUAUUAGUACACUGCAGCCGCUAUUGAUUGCUGGGUUGCGUAACUUCCAGGCCUUCCAAGUAUGCAUUGUCGCCGUGGGUACAGUAGGAGACAUUAGCCGAAACAUUGAAGCACAAAUUCAACCAUAUUGUGAUGAGGUGAUGGAUGCACUGAUUGAUUCGCUGAAAGAUUCGACGAUUCACCGAUCUGUAAAGCCACCCGUUCUCUCAUGUUUUGGAGACAUUGCAAUGGCAAUUGGCGCUGCCUACGAACCAUACUUACAGUUUUCUGUAAUGUUAUUGAUGCAAGCAUCAAGCACAAAGCCUCCUGAGGAUGAUGAAGAUCUCAUUGAGUACUUCAAUUUGCUUCGAGAGAGCAUUCUGGAGGCCUAUGUUGGAAUUGUCCAGGGACUAAGAGACGGAAAUCUUCUGCAUCAAUUCUACCAGUAUAUUCCCAGUGUGCUUCAAUUUUUACAAGAGCUUUCUGUUGAUCCAAACAGAGACGAUUUUGUCCUUAGUAAGGCCGUUGGCUUGGUUGGUGAUUUGGCACAUGCACUGGGUCCUCAAAUAAAGGAUCAAAUCAAUCAACAAUUCAUUGCCAAAUUGCUGAAUGAUGCAAUUGGCUCUGGGGAUAGGGCUUUGGUGGAAACAGCAACUUGGGCGAGCUCUGUGGUGACUCAAGCAGUGCAAGGAUAA